GACAAUACUUCCAACUCCGUGAUCGAAGCCGAGAGUAUGUAUGUAUGCGUGUGGAGUGUGGAGUCCUCUUCGGUUUAGUAGCUCGCCAUGUUUUUUACCGAGUGGGGUGUGUAGAAGAGGCCGGGGUGUAAAAUCAUCUCUCGAGGCAUGCAGAGUCAAAAUGGGAAGGAGAAUAUACUUGUUAUCCUUCACUAAGACCUGCCAGCCUCACUUCAAUGAUAUAUCCACCACCCAUGCACAAAAACUAAAGAAUUUUUAAACAAGAUUACUAAAAAAAAUUUUACGAAACAUUAGUAAUAUUUCUGGACAAUUGAGUAACUUGAUGUGAAAAAUUCAAAAUAAGAAUUACGGAAAAACGUCCGAUAAGUCUGUUGAUUAGUUCGGACGACGUAGUGGUGGAUUACAUAAAAUUGAAACAUUUAACGACAAUAAAAAUAUCGUAAUACUGUACUGUACAUAGGAGAGAUGAUCACCCUGGAGAUAGUGAAGUUGGUUAGAGUUCCUGGGUCUAGGAGGAAAUCUAUUAAGAGGGAAUGAGGAAUCCAGCCUUGCAUUCGGUCGGGAUAGCGACGUCCCCUGGAGGAGGCGAAGUCUUUGGCUCGAGGGCCGAGGAGGAGUUGCGCCAGUGGCUUGAGACUCGCCUGGACGCAUUGGGGGUUGACCCAGUUGCGUACUCGCGAUUUGUACUCAGCCUAUUGCGCCGCCCCGACUCGGCCCUAAGUCCUCCAGAAGAGGCAAUUGAGUUGGGUAAAGACACAGGAUGUCGCAUACGUGCCCGACCUAAAGCAAAGCUGCCAACGCAUGGUAACGGGGAACAACGACAAGCUGUUGUGCAAUGUCUGACAAAUGCUGCUGAUGACAAAUACGGAGUAGAUGCUCUAGUUGAUGAACUGUGCAUAAAACUGAAAGAAUUAGAAGGGGGCUCAUAUGAUGAAAGAGAAGAAUCCGAGAACUCUUGUGAUGAACCCAAAACAAAUUUAGAAGCACUCACACUUCGUGACAAGGCUCUGCGAUACUACGCAGCAUUUCCAGCUUUGCAAUCUGUAUCUUUCAUAAAGACUUCACCACAGAAAGAUAGAAACUUUGCCAACAGCAACAACAAUAAAAACUACGAAAUUAAUUUGCACAAUAAAAAUAAAAGUACUCGAAAUAAGAAGACUAAAAUGUCUAUCAACAUCGAAUCACAGAGAUCAGAAGAUAAAGAAAGCUUUGGAUUUGCUAAAUCAAUGGAACGAGAAAGGGAAAAGGAACUCGAUCAGUUAAGAUUAGCACAAUUAAAAGCGAAGUUUGAGAGCUUAGAAGCACUUUGGAAUUCAGUACCAGGCAAUGCACAGGACACAUCCUCAAUAUGGGCAGCUCCGACACUUUCUAUUCCUUCUGGACCUCUUUGGCCCACAGACACUACCAGAACAAUCUUCACCUUACCCACUUCAGAUAAUGGCUACGCUACUGACACACCAAAUCAAGAAUCAAUUAUUGACGAAUCACCGCUUAUUCCAUGGGAUAUUGAUCUAAUCAGCAUUGAAGAUAAUGCAGAUGAAUGUAGCAAUAAAGAUAAAACAGAUUACAAUAUAAGUUGGUUAGAUUCGUUUUCGGAUGGACCCUGGUGCUGGAGAGAAUUUAACCGUAACUUAUCUACAAACUUGUAUUGUCCCAAUGCUGAGACAGGUGACUGUUUCUUUCCAGUAGCAUCAACUAAAACUCCGCUUGGAGUUUGCAAGGAAUCUCGUUCGAGUCUGAAGGUAAACAGCCUUCCAGAACCAGACGAGGAUCUAUUGACUUCCGCACGUACUCACUUUCGUCCAAUAAAGGACGAUGGUCACUGGGCAGAUGGCACGACGUUUCCUGUGAAUAAUACAGUAGAACGCGUCGCUUAUCGCAGAUCUGAGUCAGGAAACUUACUGUAUCUUCCUGGCGGAGAAAGCCCUUAUAUGGAGUACCGGGAGAAUGACACGGUAGCAUUGCCCGCGUCUACGAAUUUAACGCUAAAGUUUCGGGUACGUCAGUGCGACAAGAGCGUUCAAACUGAGCCCGUACGAUCUCCAGUCAAACGUCGCAUUCUCUCCGAACAAGAUCAUUUUCGCUAUUCUCCAGUCGGAGCUGAAGAUGCCGUUUUACAAGAACAAGAAAAUAUCGAAAAAGAUUCUUUUGCUUUGGAUCAACUUGGUUGGGUACAAUCGAGUGUACCUCUGCACAAUGAUAGAAAAAGAAGGCACAGUAGCAGCUUCGGAUGCCAGCCACUGACGACUUUGCGUCCGUUGACCUUGUGAACCGGAUAAUGUAAGCUGCUAAUACACUAUAUGACUGGAGAUUUGAGGUUUAGCUAUACUUUUUUUUCGCAAGAUAAAAAAGCGAUUGAUAGGAUUGUGAAUGGGGGUCCUCUUGGCAUGUGGAAUUUGUUAUGCAUGUAUCCAAGAAGGCACGAGUAAACCCCAUCGUCACUCGUAAUAAGCAACAUGCAAUCGAAACAAAGCGAAACACGAGAAUAUUAACUAUUCAUUUAGGUAAUUAAUAUUAACCCUUUGAUGAGAGAGAGUAAAGAGGAAAGGAACACAAAAAAAGAAAAAAAGUAUAUAUGUUACACUCAGCGUUUCACGUUGCAAGAACGUUGAAGAUGUAGUCCACGCUAUUUCAGUUGUAGGUUGUUGAUUACUUUGUGAUUUUUGAGGAGAGAGCUUAGAUACGCUGAUUUUGUAGAAAAUUAUAGCAAGCAAUUUUGUUUCUCACCCGACGUGCAGGCUAAGAGUAUCUACUUAUCCGAUUCAUAUCGAAAAGAAAAAGAGAAAAAAGUGAAACGAAAGUUACGAAUCAGAAACAAAUUAAAAAGGACAGUUGAGUACUUAUUUUGAACGCCGCACGAUUGCAGAUCGGGUAUUUAAUUAAAGUGCUGUUCUAUUUUCUUGUUGUUUUUCGUAAUUAUUAAUGGAUUAUCUUAAUCGUAUUCCCCUAUAAUUAUGAUUUAACUCCCUAGAAGAUUAAUAUAUCCCCCUUCCAGAGUCCUUUCCUUCUCCCACGUUCCAAAUAUCCUUGUAUCCAUUACUUUCCCUGUGCUCACCCUAAGAAAAUCGAAUAACUGAGAACAUACGUGUAAAAAAAAAAUCGUGUAUUUGAAAACACACGCUUACCUUGCAUAAGGUAUGCGAAAAAAAUACAAAAAAUGUUACUUUAGCAUGCAGAUGCCUUUGAAACGAAUGUUGAAUGAUGUUAAUGCGUCGAAGGAAUGUGUCACUUAUAAACAACUCUGUCUUUAGGAAAUAACGUGAAAGGAAUAUAUGCAAUGUAAAAAAAAAAGAAAAAAAAGACGUUCUUCGUCUUUUGGCGAAAUAAUGUACGGAAAGGGUAAAUAAAGGCAUUACAAAAAUGAAAA